GACGCCAGACGCAAAACGCCGGGCCUACCGCGGGAGCGUAGGAGCGUCCACGAAUUCCGUUUGGAGGUAUCUUUGAGCUCGCUUCAGCACCAUGAGCAAAGCUCACCCUCCCGAGUUAAAAAAAUUUAUGGACAAGAAGUUAUCGUUGAAAUUAAAUGGUGGCAGGCAUGUCCAAGGAAUAUUGCGGGGAUUUGAUCCCUUUAUGAAUCUUGUGAUAGAUGAAUGUGUGGAGAUGGCAACCAGUGGGCAACAGAACAAUAUUGGAAUGGUGGUAAUACGAGGAAAUAGUAUCAUCAUGUUAGAAGCCUUGGAACGAGUAUAAAGAAUGGCUGAAUUCACCAGAGAUGAACUACUUCCACAUGUCCCCUCUCCAUGCAGUACCUGUUUUAACACAAUAUAAAAAUCCAGUCCUGUCCAUUUUCACACUGAACUUUUGUUAAAUAAACUUUUGUAUUGAUCAAAAAAUGCUUUCUCAUAUGUCUGAACUUAGAAAGUAGAAUAUUAGCUCUAAUUUUUUUUCUUAUAUGAACUAUUCCUGGUUAAGACUGAUUUUUUUUCCAAAGGGGGUUGUUGUUUUUUUGCAUUGAUAAAGAAUCUGAUCAACGUAAAACAGCAAGGAUGCCUUUUUCCUAUCUUUUAACACUGAAUAAAGAACCUAUAAACCUGA